UUUAACAGUGACAAAAUGAAGGCCUUUUUCCCCCCCCAGGCAUACAUUCAGAUUACCUAUGUGGAGCCGUACUUUGACACAUAUGAAAUGAAGGACAGAAUCACCUAUUUUGACAAGAACUAUAAUCUUCGCCGUUUCAUGUACUGUACGCCCUUCACUUUAGACGGCCGUGCCCAUGGGGAACUUCAUGAACAGUUUAAACGGAAGACCAUUCUGACUACUUCUCAUGCCUUUCCUUAUAUUAAGACAAGGGUCAAUGUCACCCACAAAGAGGAGAUCAUCUUAACUCCAAUUGAAGUUGCCAUUGAGGACAUGCAGAAAAAGACCCAGGAGUUGGCAUUUGCAACACAUCAGGAUCCAGCGGACCCCAAAAUGCUUCAGAUGGUGCUCCAGGGGUCUGUAGGCACAACGGUGAAUCAGGGGCCUUUGGAAGUUGCCCAGGUUUUUCUGUCUGAAAUACCCAGUGACCCAAAGCUCUUCAGACAUCAUAAUAAACUACGACUGUGCUUCAAAGAUUUUACUAAAAGGUGUGAGGAUGCCUUAAGAAAAAAUAAGAGCCUAAUUGGGCCUGAUCAAAAGGAGUAUCAAAGGGAACUGGAGAGAAACUAUCAUCGCCUUAAAGAGGCCUUACAGCCUCUGAUAAACAGAAAGAUCCCUCAGUUAUACAAGGCAGUAUUACCUGUCACCUGCCACAGAGAUUCCUUCAGUCGGAUGAGCCUGCGCAAAAUGGAUCUUUAAAAUAAAUGUACUUGUCUUACUCAUUUGAAGAGAGCCAUGUAUUCAACACUGAGUGUGAAAAGAUUUAUUGAAAAACAGGACUUGGGGCUUAAUUCUGGAAAUUCUAGCAUUAAUUUACUACUCAUUGAAGAAUGUGGUGGCCAAAACAGUAUCAAAUGUAGAUCACUGAGGUUUGAGAAUCAUGGCCAUGGUUUCUCAUGUUCUGGUAAUAUGCUGUUAUCUUUUUUUAAGACUCAAAAGUAAUGACUCACUAUACAUUUACUAUUAUUUAUACCAUAGCUAAUGUUAAAUUUAUUUACUUUAAGUUUGUAUUUUUUAAUUUAUAUUACCAUUUAUAGAUUCAUUUUGGAACCAUUUUAAAUGUAGUAAUGCUUAUUUUAAAGGUACUAUUAAAUAUGUGAACGUUUACACUAA